AGGCUUCCAGCCUCUUUCAACAAACCAGACACGCAUCUCCUUGAUAUCACCCCAACUUCCCCACGACGUAUAGGAACCGCAUCAACAGUACGCCAUCAUGUUUCGGGCUCAGCAGAAUGCCUUCGACGAUGUUGUCGCCAAGGCAACCGACGAGAACCUCACGUCUGAGAACUGGGAGUAUAUUAUGGAUGUGGUCGACAAAGUAGGAUCAGAAGAGAGCGGCGGCAAGGAUGCCGUGGCAAGCUUGAUCAAGCGACUGGCGCACCGUAAUGCCAAUGUGCAGCUUUAUACACUGGAGCUCGCGAACGCUCUCAGCCAAAACUGCGAAUCGAAGAUACAGCGCGAACUCGCCUCGAGGGCCUUCACCGAUGCCCUGCUCCGCCUCGCAAACGACAGAAACACGCACCAGCAGGUGAAAGCCAAGAUCCUGGAACGCAUGGCGGAAUGGGCUGAGAUGUUCAAGAAGGACCCGGAUUUGGGGAUCAUGAAUGAGCAGUACCACCGACUCAAGAGCCAGAACCCGAAUUUACACCCUCCAUCGGCGCCGUCGAAGAGCAGACUCACGGAUGUGGAUCGCAAGAAGGAGGAAGAGGAGCUGCAGAUGGCUUUGAAGCUGUCCAUUCAGGAUAAGGGAUCUCAGCCCGCUGCUCCUGCACAACAAUCUGCGGCGUCAUCGUCGUCGCAGGCGCAGUCACAGUCACAGGCCCCCGCAGGAGCACAACCUGUUCCGUCGGGGACGACUGCGGCGACUGUGUCUCGUGUGCGCGCGUUAUUCGACUUCCAGCCAUCGGAGGACGGGGAAUUACAAUUCCGGAAGGGGGACAUCAUCGCCGUUCUAGAGUCUGUCUAUAAGGACUGGUGGAAGGGAUCGUUAAGGGGCCAGACCGGCAUCUUCCCGUUGAACUACGUUGAGAAGCUGUCGGAUCCGACUCCAGAUGAGCUUCAGCGAGAGGCGCAGAUGGAGUCGGAGGUCUUUGCGGAAAUUAAGAAUGUCGAGAAACUGCUUACAUUGCUCAGCACAUCGACUUCUGAGUUACGUGGGGAGGAUAACGAUGAAAUCACUAAACUCUAUCAUUCAACUCUAGCAAUACGCCCUAAGCUCAUAGAGCUUAUUGGAAAGUAUUCUCAGAAGAAGGACGACUUUACGCAACUGAAUGAGAAGUUUAUCAAAGCUCGCAGAGACUACGAGAGUCUACUAGAGACAUCAAUGUCCCAUCCACCUCAACCAACUUACGGAUACGGUCGGCCACCGCAGGCCCAGCAAUACGGCGGUGCGCCCGCUGGAUAUCCCCCGCAACAAAGCGGCCCGCCAGUGCAGGAUCCUCAAAGAUACUAUACUCCUAACCCACAAGACCAACGUCAACAACAAUACCCGCCACAACCCACGUCGCCGGUUUACCCAGCUGGCCAGACCGUGGCACCGUUCUACGUCGUCCCCCAAGAUGCCCAGCAACCGCCGCAACACCAGCACCAGCACCAGCAGCACCAGCACCAGCAACACCAGCAUCAGCCACAACAUCAACCACCCCAACAAACUCCCCAGUACCCUCAAGACACUCCACAGUACCCUCAAGACCAACCCCUCCCCCUCCGCACCGCAUCGUCCACAUCCAACAUCGCACCGCUGCAACCCAAUUCCCCACCCCCUAACCAGGGCACUCCCUACCCACUCCAACCCCAAACGGGUCACCGCCCACAGAGCACCUACGCCGACCCCCAAGAGCUUGCCACAUCAAGAUACUCCCCCAUUCAACAACACCAACCCAGCGACCCGUACAGCUCUACCCCCGCCUACCCCAAGAUCCUUACAACGCCAUCUCACCCCUCACCCAACCGGCCCACCCCACCAACCCCAAUACUCCGCCUAUGCUCCUCCCCAGCAGCAGCAGCAACAGCAUCCACAACAGCCCACCUACGAGCCGCCAACCCCCUUGCCGGCCCCACUGCAGGUGAACUCUGGUUUUGCAGCUCAGAAUUCGCGCCAGACGCUUCCAAGCCAGGGCCAGGGCCAGGGACAGGGACAGGGGUAUUUACCAUAUAACCGCCUCGACUCUACUCGGAGGACAUCGGUGGGACCGCCGAGCGUGCCGCCUGGUGGAGGAGGACCGGCGGAUUUCUAUCGCCAGAGCACGGCGUACUAAGCAUGGAUUAGUUACUUUUGUGGAGGGGAAGGGGAGGGGAGGGUGUGUAUAUAACUUCACGGAUGAGUUGGGGGGGAUGGAAGUGAGAUUUAGCGCGUUGCGUUGAUACAUUGAAUUAGUUGUCGUCGUUGAUUCGAGAGGCGGUUUGAAGGCGCGAGACGUGGUGGUUGGCGGCGGUUAUGAUAUGAUAGCUGCUGACAUGAGAAAUCCGAUUUGGUCCGCGCGGUGGAGAUGUGUCGAUUGUGCCAUUAGAGCGGGUUCUGGGGGAGGUGCGAGUACAGAUAGGUCUGGCGUUUUCUCAAGAUGCGAUAUAAUUCAUCGUUUUUUAAAAUACAUAUUGG